CAAUCAGACAACAAAUAUCAUAACACGAUCAUUGGGAAUCGAAGAAGAUACAAUUAUGAAGGAUUCAUUUUAUGAUUAUUUAGAGUUUAUAAAUCAUAUUGACCUUACACGUAUAUUUGAUAUAUUCUCUAUAUUCUUAAAAUCCAGUGAUCUACAUACUGUUUCAAAUGAGCUUUUUGUUAAGAUUGUAUACAAAUCAAAGAAUCUAAAGGGUAUUACUUUAACCGUAUUAGGUUUGGGUAAACUAUCACAUAAGUCAGUAAUUGAAACUCUCAAGAGGAAACCAGUAAAACUACUUCGCAUUCUACCAAUACUAUUCGAUGAUGACAUAAUCGAAUCAUACACCACUUCAGAAAUAAUGAUCAGAGAAUUAAUCAGCGAGUGUAAGAUAGAUAUGUUAUGGAUCGAGGAACCACUAAACAUUCAAAGUACAAAUAUCAUGAAACUAGGAGUCAAUGAUCGAAGUAGAGGGGUUAUCAGUGGAUUCAGUAAUCUACACGAACUCACAUUUCGUGAUAUUUUAUUUGAUAGAAACUUUAUUUUGGAAUUACGGAUCCCACAAGUUAUGAUUUACACUCAGGGCAAUUUUUUAGAAUUUUAUUUUACAAUAAAGGAAAAUCCACACGUUACGAGUUUUGUUAUUGAGCAAGAUAUUAAAUAUUCCUUUAUUAAAAGUUAUAUUUAUUUUAAAACUACG